UUUUUACUUUUAGUGCACUGCUACAUAAGCGGCAACUCGGCAACUUAGCAACUUCGUUUCGCGUCAGUGGAACGAAAAUGAUAAGAAGUUGCUCGGUUAUUGGCUGGAACUAGCAACCAAAUCAAAAUUUUUUGAUUUGGUUGCCAAGUUGCCAGUUGCUGGUUGCUAGUUGCUGCUUAUGUAGCAGUCGACUUACGCUCCUUCUCGUCGCUUUUCAAGUUUCUGCGUAGCUAAAAUUCCGCCUUUUCGAUCACAUUUAUUCUUGCAUUUUGUGCUUGUAUUCUGUUCGCGUUCUCAUCAAAGUUCAUUUAAAAUGUUUGUUAUUUCGGGUUCUUCGGUUUAAUUCGCGAUUGGUAAGAUACAUUAUAAUGAAUUUUUUAAUAAAUCCCAUCAUGAGCUUAUUAAAAGCUCCCAGUGCCAUGAUUUCAAAUCGAGUGGCGAAUGUGAAGCUCAAAGUGAAUCAAGGCGUCGAUAAUGCCUUCGAGCAUGCCUUCAGAGGAGGCAUGUUUUCUUUGAUAAUGCUGACACUGGUAUGGAUAUCGGUAUUUAUUUACGUCGUUUUUUAUUACGCCUAUGUGCCAGCUCCAUCGUACAUGAGACCAGUACAUUUACAAGUCGAACCCUGUGAAGAUCUCACUAAAGAGUGUACUUAUCCUUCCGCUCAUGUUCGGUUAACUCGGCGGCAGCAAUUGCUUAUGAUGGGUCAGCCAUAUAAAUUUUAUGUACACCUCGAGAUGCCGGAAUCGCCGAUCAACAAGCAGCUUGAUUCAACAGGUAUGUUUAUGGUUUGCAUCCAGUUGACGGAUCGAAAAGGUUUUUUAACGUCGCAAGCAUGUCGCUCCAAUAUGCUUCAUUACGAAAGUGACUUACUCAACCAAGUAAAAGUAAUAUUGCUCUCGCCCUUUUACGUGUUCGGUGCAAAAGAAGAAAAGCAGACCUUAGUUUUUGAAUUGUUCUCCGAUUUCGAAGAAGAUCAGAAUCAUCCCGUUACCGAUGUCUACGUCGAAGUACAAGCUCGUAACAUUGAAAUAUAUUCCGCUUCGUUGCUAAUAAACGCUCAUCUGUCUGGAAUGCGUUACUUCAUGUACCACUGGCCGGUCACUUCUUCUAUUUUGGGAAUAUCAUUCAAUCUAUGCAUCGUGUUCUUCACAACGACGUUGUCGUUUUAUAAUCGUUUCUUCGUCGAUACAGCCGCUGUCAAAGCUGUUCGUGCGUUAUCUAAGAAGUUCGAAGAUAAGAAAGACCGUUUUGAUGAUAUGUUUUCCAAGCCAGAUUCGAGCGGAGUAAGUGAGCCGAAGUCCGAAGAACGGCGAGAUAAAGACGGAACGGACGAGUCAUCGGAAUAUUAUCUGGAUUAAAAGGCGAGUACGAAUUUUCGCAAUUGGAGCUGUAAAAUAUGUACGAGUUAGUAUUGCUGUAGCAUGUCGGUGGAGUGCAAUGAUUUUGGGAUUAGGUUUAAAUGAUACGGUAAUGCAUUCCAUAUUUUUUCAUCGCUUGUUUUUGUAUUCCAUACUUAUAGGUAUAUUAUGUGAGAGUAGUUUUUUUGUGUUGAUGUGCUUCAUUGUUGAAGUUUGAAGAUAUACAAAAAUCAAGGAUUCCGCUGAGCACAUUUUCCAACCUAAUACACCGUCCGGUAUAUAGGUCCCCAAAACGUCUCCUUUAAGUAAGCAAUGCUUUGCUAGAUGAAGGGUAGAAAAAAACUUACCAACCAUGCAAAUGAUUACAUGCGUUAGAAAAUUAUUUUCUUUCGUUAAUAUUUCUCUUUAGUCAACUGAUUCAUGCGUAUCAGCUUCCCUCUCACCUACCAAGUCGUGCUUUCGAUAACCCAAAAACAUUUUUACACAUUGACUCGUCGAUAGUUACAAUUUGAACGUUAUUUUGUCGUCUGUAUAUCGUAAACUGAAACCUUGUAAAAAUCGGCAUUAAAACAUUGCCUAUCAGCAAGGUACACGGCGCAGCAGAGCGCUGCGUGAUGCAGCAUCGUCGAUAGUGUAGUAAAUUCAUGUUUACUCGGGGCAUAAUAUUCGCGAUCAAAUUUUUAUGGAAUAACACAGUCGUCGUAAAAAUCUUUAAAAUAAAAAUUCAUAGGUCUAGGCAGGCAGUACCUCAGCAAAAACGGCUCGACUCACACACGUAGCCUAUAGGCCAACCUACAUAAGCACGCACACGUGAAAAACACCAAUUUUAUGCCGGUUGUUGUUGUUGUUGUUGUUAUUCGUGCAGAAGAAAAACUCGGUCGGUUGCGGCUUCGGAGUUGGGAGCAAGCGACGAAGAGAAGGGUUAAAAAAUAAACGCCGUAUUUACCGAAGAAUUUAAGCGUUACAAAGAAGAUUGCCAUAGCGAAAACACGCCGCCGCGCCGCGCCUGUGAAGAAUGGUACAUCGCAUCAACGUCCUCCUCCUCACUUUGCCCACUCUGCCUGCCGCCCGAUGAGGUGAAAAGUAAAAAUAUUUCCUAUUUUUUCCGAUCUUUUCCGCCUUCGUUAAUCGGAUUAAGAUUAAUUUGCUUUUCCACCGCGCCGCGCUGUUCUCUUUUUGAGGUAAUCGUCGCGCCGCUCCGGUACCCCCUCCUCGUUCUGUCUUGGCCGCCUUAUAGUAUACACAACUCGAAUGAAUCAGCGCGUUACGAAAAUUCUUCUUUAUUUUCCUUCUCUUUCUAUCUGUCGUCGUUUUCUUUUUUAAAAGGCUGAAAUUCGAUUUUCGGCGCUUUUCCGGUACGUUACACUUGCGACGUGCCAAUGGAUGGUGUGGUAUGUCUGUGUAAGGAGUUUGAGGCGAGCGGUGGCGUGGCGUGGAUUGCAUAAAUGGAAUACAUCUGCGUCUUUGAGAGGUUAAAUGGCAGCGAUGGGAUGGUAGACUGGUGUCAUUUAUUGCUGGAAUAGCGUCAUUUUUACAGCAAGAACAUCGAACUGUAUACUUCAACCUGAGCGAGAAUUAUCACUAUGGUUCAGAGCGUUCGAGAAUGGGGUGGAGAAACUUACCAAAUGUAGAAAUUCUAGUAUUCAAAUGCAUUGUAGUUUCGUAAAAAUUAUAAAAUUUUCGCGAGAUAAGAGAAAGGAGUGAAGAACACCCAAUUCGAGCUUUUCCAAGAAAAAGGACGCUUUUUACUAUUCAAGGUUCAUUUUGAAGUCCAGUCCAUCUUCAUUCCCAACAAUCCAAAUGAACAAAAAACGAUUUCCAAGACAUGACCACUUACAAAAUCUGACGGUAACAUUUGAUCCUAUUCAUGGUAAACCAUUUGUGUCGAAAAAACUUUUAUGUGAAUUCGAAAUAUUUUCCCCUUUCUCCAGCGAAUAACACAAUUUUCUGAGAACAGGAUAAAAUAUUAUACUCGAGCCAGCUCGAUUGUGUGAUGCGCAUGAGUAGAUGAUUGUAUUCAUUUGGAUUGUUGGGAAUGAAGAUCUGGCUGUAUCAUUUGAUCCUAUGUAUAAGAAUCGACGUUUCAGCAAAAUUGUUACCUGAAUUGUAAAGCUUUGUUCAUGAUAUUCAGAAGUAUCAACCAACUUUUUAUGGGUACUAACCGUUAUUGACAAGGAAACUCAAAAUUACUCCAACCAAUGAAAAUACGUUUCUAGUUCCUUUGACCUAUCAUAUACCUACACUAUACUGGCAGCAGUAGUGGCAAAAAUUAUUGAAUUUUUCUCAUCAGAUCUUUAAAAA